GGCUUUAGUUUUAAAGGAAAUGUUAAAUUAACUAAUAGAGUUAGGAACUUACAGAAAUGAGUACCAAAGGGAUCUGUAGAUAACUGUCUCACUUUUGAUAUGCUGCCUGCAGCUAAAAUACAACUAGUUAUAAAGGGCUCCACCCCUUUAAUAACUUAAGGCACAGUUUAGAGCCAACGUGUGUGCUCACAACACAGACUACAGGAGCUAGAAACAACUCCACAUCAUGCAUGCACACAUGCAUGAUUACAACUCUGGCUUUUCCAAGCAAAAGAGAAAACACUUGUGAAGAAACUUAGAGGCCGAAGGGGUUAAAUGAAACCCAACUCUCCUUUUCCUGUGCAGUAAGGAUUAGUAACCAAACAGAAGCUGGAGAGAAGAGCAUGUUAAGAGCCACCGUUUGAACCAGAACGAUAAGAAAGUGGUUUUUGCAGCUUGACUACAGUGGUGUCAGUCCCUCCAACUUUUGCACUCAUCUUGCACAGGUACACACAGAAGAGAUGAAGAACUUGUUCCUUCUGCUCAUGCUAGCAGUGAUGCCACCUUCUGCAUUUUCAGGACGCAGGAUGAAACGGCAGACUGAUGUCUGGGGAAGCUGGGGUGAAUGGGGCAAGUGCAGUCGGAGCUGUGGUGGUGGAGUCAGCUUUCGUCAACGGCGCUGCUAUUCCCAAAGGACAGAAGGCGUUUCCAGUUGCAUUGGACCAACUCGAAGCUAUCGCUCAUGCAAUAUUCAGAGCUGUCCAGAAGGCUCCAGGGAUUUCCGGGCAGAGCAAUGUGCAGAGUUCGAUGGGACAGAAUUCCAAGGAAAGAAAUACACGUGGCUUCCGUAUUACGGAGCACCCAAUAAAUGUGAGUUAAACUGUAUUCCCAAGGGAGAAAACUUCUACUACAGGCACAAGGAAGCUGUGGUAGAUGGGACUACCUGUGAACCUGGCAAGCGGGAUAUCUGUGUAGAGGGAGUUUGUCAGGCCGUUGGCUGCGAUAACAUACUGGAAUCUGCCAAGAAGGAGGACAAGUGCCUGCAGUGUGGAGGAGAUGGCAGCACCUGCUAUGGUGUGAAGGGCACUUUUGAUGUGCCCAACCUUCCCAAAGGGUACAAUCAAAUCUUUAUCAUUCCUGUGGGAGCCACCAGCAUCCAAAUUAAGGAGGUUAUGCCCAGCAGGAACUUUUUGGCUGUCAAGAACGUGAGAGGGGAAUAUUAUCUGAAUGGGCAUUGGACGAUUGACUUCAGCCGAGCUCUGCACAUAGCCAGCACAGUUAUGCACUACGACCGUGGCUCAGAAGGUGAUCUGGCCCCAGAGCUCCUCCAUGCCAGGGGCCCUACCACAGAACCCUUAAUCAUUGAGCUCAUCAGUCAGGAGCCAAACCCAGGGGUGCAGUAUGAAUACUACCUGCCCGUGCAAGGACAGACCUCGGGUUACAGCUGGAGUUACAGUUCAUGGAGUGAGUGCAGCUCUGAGUGUGGAGGAGGAUUCCAGUCCCGUUUGGUGUUUUGUACCAUUGACAAUGAAAUUUAUCCAGACUAUAUGUGCAGGAAUAAACCACAACCAGACAAUAACCGGACAUGUGGCCGUCAGACUUGUCCCCAGACAAAACGGACUUCUUACAUCUAUGCACCACAAGCCUGGAGCCACAGUGGAGCACGGAGCUCUCAGAUGAAGAGGUGGACAACGGGGGAGUGGGGACCCUGCUCAGCUACCUGUGGUGGAGGCACCCAGACUCGCUCCGUUUACUGCGUGGCGUUUGAUGGGCAGAGCUCCCAAGGGGUUGUGGACAACGCUGAGUGCAUGGCCUUUGCACAGCAGCCUCGCAGCAGUCAGCCCUGCAACAUGAGGCAGUGUGCAACCUGGAGCACAGGUCCCUGGUCAGAGUGCUCAGCCAGCUGUGGGGAAGGAGUCCAGACCCGGACUGUCACCUGCAGAACGCAGCAGGGCUCUCAAGCUCGGGACUUCGCUUGCCUCAUGGAGCCAAAGCCACCAGCCACCCAGCCCUGCCUUAAGGAGAACUGCAUCCAGGAGAUCGGCUGGCACAUUGGAGACUGGGGCCUGUGUUCGAAGAGCUGCAAUUCAGGCAUCCGGACGCGCCAAGUUAUCUGUGCUGACGGUGACUCCAAAUUCUACAGUGCUGAGAUAUGCAAAGCCAUCCAGCCCCAGAAACCAGCCACCCUGGGAAGCUGCAACAUGCAGCCCUGCUACCUGCCACAGCAGGUCCCCAGUAUGCAGGACACUAUGGGAUAUGAUGUCACUCGCCAGUCCUUGCUGACUCGUUACAACCCAAACAGCCCUGCCACAGAUUCUGGACGGAUGCUCGCUGGGAGCUCCGCAGUCCACAGUACCUCUGCGAAUCACCACGUCCAGCCCACUGAGGACCGUGGCAUCAACUUGUUGCCUGUUCGCUGGGAAUCCCAGUCACACCCAUCACAUUCCCAGCAGCUCAGCUUCCCUCAGUACCCCACUGCAGGGACUGGCUCUCAGGACUGUCAGCGGAGCCCACACGGCUGCUGUCCAGAUGGACGCACUCCGGCUUCAGGCCCUUUGGGGAGAGGUUGUCCCUUCAGCAGCUGUCACCAAAACAGGUAUGGAUGUUGUCCGGAUGGAGUAACAGCUGCUCAAGGUCUGAACAACAUGGGAUGCCCACAGUACAACCGUGAGGUUCAGAUGAGCAGAAAUCGGCCCGCUGCAGCUGCUCCAACAGCAAGCCAAGCCUUGCUGCAGCAGCACCCCUCGGGCGAGUGCCGCAGCUCAGUGUACGGCUGCUGUUUUGACAAUGUCGCUUCAGCUUCGGGUCCUCAAGGGGAAGGAUGUCUCAACAGGCCCAACUACCCAUAUCCCAUCAUAUGCCUGCUGCCCAGCGCCCAUGGCCCCUGUGCGAACUGGACCACUCGCUGGUACUUUGUGACUGUCGUUGGCAAGUGCAACCGCUUCUGGUACGGCGGCUGUCAUGGCAAUAAAAACAGCUUUGCCUCGGAGGAGGAGUGCAUGAGAGUGUGCCACAGCUCUGCGGGGGUCAGUCCCCUGGCGCACCAGCCCUAUUCUGGCACAGGAGCCCUGCAGCAGCAAGACGCCACCUCCAGCUCUCACACAGGGAACUCUCGGGGUCAGCAGCAGCCACCACCGAGAGAGUCUGCAAGUCAGAGCCAAGAAGGAAGAGCCUAUGGGGCUUUACAGCCCACACACAACAGACACAGAGGGGACAGCUGGAGGAGCGAGGUGCUGCCAGAGACCGUGCAAAGGACUGGCGUGCUGGAGAGCCAGCGCUGGGGCACCCAGCAAAGUCGAUUGAACAGCCUGAGCCAGCUGCACUUGGUGUCAGAAACAGCCGCGCCUGGGCCCCCAGAGAGGCAGAGCCAGCAGGUGCUGCCACAUGAAGGCAAGCUGUGGCAUACGGCUUUUGGAGCAGAUGCUUCCAUAACGGCGGGCUUGGGCCACCAGGUGUCUGCAGACUCACUCCCAGCAAGGGAUCUGCACAGAGCCAUCCUGGAGGAAGCCAAGCCCUCUCUUGUGACAGCAGUCGUGGGACAAAACAUCCAGCUGGUCUGCAAGACAGGCACGUCCCCCUUCUCCAGAGUGGAGUGGAUGAAGGAUGGCCGGCCAGUUUCCUCUGACAGGCACACCUACCAGUCCGACAGCUCCUUAGUUAUCAGCCACAGCAAGCCAGAGGACGCCGGGAUUUACACGUGCCUCGUUUCUGAUGGGAGGACGGAGAGACGGCAGAUUCAGCUACAGAUCAUAGAGUACCAGAGUGCUGUUCUGGCAGAGGGUGAGAGAGGUCAGGUCCUUCGCAAGGAAAAUCAGCAGCACCAAGAGCUACCCAGAGGCGGGAAGGUUGUGCAGGCAGCCAGCUCCUCCGUGCAGCCACAAUUCGUGUAUAGGUUGAAAAUGGAUAAGAGCGAGUCCCUCGGUGGUGGAGGCCUGGCAUCGGGGAGAGGGUCAGACUGCCCUGCACAGUGGAAGCAUCACCAGCUCUCACCAUCGAGUGGCAGAAAGAUGGGCAGCCCCUCUCCUCUCCCAGGCACAGGCAGCAGUCAGACGGAGCGCUGGUCAUCAGCCGGCUCAGCGCUGAAGACGGCGGCUUCUUCACCUGCACUGCCUCCAAUGGACAGUGACCAGGACCAGCGUCAGGUCCUGCUCCGGCCCCUAGGAGAACUGAGGAUCUCUGGCCUUACGCCAAGCAUUACGGUACCUGAGGGAGGAACCGCUCAACUUCACUGUACGGUGACUGGCAACAAUGUGAAUAUAAGGUGGUCAAGGAAUGGAGUCCCAAUGCGGGCAGACGGUCACCACAUCCACCUGUCCCAGGAUGGAAGCCUGGUCAUAAGCAACGUUCAGUUGGCUGACGAGGGAUCCUACACGUGCAGCGCCUACAGCAGCAGCAACUCCGUCAGUGCCAGCACCGAGGUGAAGGUGCUGAGGAACAGGCCCAGUCCAGCUGUGAAUCACGUGGACCUGAGCAGAGAGUGCGUGGACCAGCCACACCUCGCCAACUGCGACCUGAUCGUGCAGGCCCAGCUCUGCAGUAACGAGUACUACUCCAGCUUCUGCUGCGCCAGCUGCUCUCGCUACCAGCCGCAGGCCAGCCCUCCGCGUCACAGCGGGUGACAGAGACCUCCAAGGCCACAGGAAGGAACAGGUGUGGCUUCAGGACUGGACACCACGCUUUAAGAUGUGAGCACACCGAACAGUCUCGAAGCAAUCCAGUAAAGGAGCAACAGGUGACACGGUGAAACAGCUAUCUGGGGCAUUUUUUAUUUUACUUUUGAGGCCAAUGGUGGAGUCUGCUUGCUAGAAAAGGCAAAACUUAUUUUCAACGAAGACCCUUCAAUUUGGCAAUUAGGAAAAACUUUCUCUGCUCUAAGUCAUAGAAUGUUACAUUGACAAGUGGUGACGGUGCAGUCAUUGACAACUUGAGGACAACUCAAGCCCUGAGAUAAAUUCUAAUUGUAUUUGUACAUAAAUUUGCAUUUAACAUUGCAAAAUGGCACUCUGUACAGGAUGUUUUGGUAUAUAGUAUAACUGCCUUUAGAGACAACAGACUAAUAUAAAAUUGUGUAAAUUCCAGUCAUGCGUGGCAGGUGUAGAAAGGAGUUAAGGUCUGUGAACCUUUUCAGGAAGAUGGUUAGCCGUUGGUUAUGCGUAACAUCAGAUCCCUUUCUCCCAGAAUAAGCAGUUGUUUCUGUAAUAAAUCUCUUUCUACUGUGUCAGAGGCUCUAUUUUUAUACUAGUUAAAUAGUUAGCUUUCAUCUGAGCUGUAUGAUUAUAUACCACGCGGCCAGGGAGUGCUAUCUCAAGCCUGGUGAGGUCUGUCAUGGGCACCUGUAUUCUGAUGGACUGGACUUUACAACUGAAGGUACUUUUUUUUUUCCUUGUUUAUUCUCUGACCUCUUUCAGAUGUGUAACCAUAGCAAAAAGGAUGGUGGUUGAAGGCAUGUAGUUCACUGCUUUAAAAACAUGCCAUGACUAUAAUAGUUAA